AUCCUUCACGUUGGUGUAGCCGCUCACCACUAGCAUCAGCUAGCUUCACGCUGCUCCAGCGCUUCCGGACGACAUCUGAACGAAGCUGACCGUUCUUAUUCCUGCCAAUUCAGAUUUGAACGAUAAUCAGUGGUUGCCAUUGUGUGCUGUUAUUUGUGCAUCAGCAUGGCAGUCGUCAUCCGUUUACAGGGACUGAGAGUCACAGCAGGUACUGAGGAUAUUCGCAAGUUCUUCUCUGGCCUCAAAAUUCCAGAUGGAGGGGUGCAUAUAAUUGGUGGGGAGCGAGAGGAAGCUUUCAUUAUCUUUGCUUCGGAUGAAGAUGCAAGAAGAGCCAUGACGCGGUCAGGGAAUUCCAUUAGGGAUUCACCUGUCUCAUUAUUACUCAGUAGUAAAGCAGAGAUGCAGAACAUGCUUGAGAGAAGUUCAAAAACUGUCGAGCGGGAUCAAAGGAGGCGAUUUGAGGAAAAUGCAAGACCUGCUAGAAGAUCAUUUGGCCCCGAUUUAGGCAGGAGAUCAGGUAGCAGAUCGGGUCAUACACCUCCCCCAAUGAACCAGAGGGCUUCAAACAAUGAUGAUUCCUUUUGUUUGUUCCUAAAAGGAUUGCCUUACUCUGUGACUGAAAAUGAAGUACGUGAUUUUUUCGGUGGUUUACUUGUUGAUGAAAUAGUCCUAUGUAAAAAUGAAAAAGGUCAAAACAACGGGAGAGGUCUCGCCAAAUUUGCAACAACAGAGGAUGCAAGCGAAGGACUGAAGCGGGACAGGAACUACAUUGGGUCAAGGUAUAUUGAGGUUUCCAUGACAACAUUAAAGGAUUGGCAUUGUUCAACUGGCAGACCUCCAAUGGUUGGCAACAAAGAUGACAACUUUGAAAGGGACAGAUCACCCAUUCGUAAUGAGAGGAAUCCACAAGAUCAUACCAGAUCACAGUCACCUUUGGCCCGGAUGCUCAUUGCUCCUGAUGACGAGUACUGUGUUCUGAUGGACAAUCUACCCUUUGCUGUGGAAAAAGAAGACGUGAAAAAGCUUUUUCACCAUGCAAACCUGGAGGAUGACCAGAUUCUGCUCUUGAUUGGCAGUGAUGGAAAAAGAACUAGAUCUUUGUUUGUGCUGUUCAAGAAUCAGCGCGACUACUGUGAUGCCUUAACUCAUGAAAAAAGACUAUUUUUCAAUCGAUGGGUUUAUACCCGCCCAAUCUCAAGGGAGAGCAUGAUCAACCUUCUGGAGUCUCAGGGCAUGGAUGUCCAACCUCCUGGUAACUCUGAACGGUUUCAGGAGAGGCCUCCAUCUAUCCCUGUUGAUCGCUACGACUCUGAGAAACUGUGUCUGUUUGUGCGGAAUAUGCCAUUGGAUGUAAGGAAAGUUGAGAUCAUGGACUUCUUUCUUGGGUUUAAUAUCACAGAGGAUAAGGUUUUCUUGCUGCUGGAUCAUAAAGGUGCAGGGGUGGGAAAGUCUUUGGUUCUUUUCCAGUCUGAGGCGGAGGCUAUGAGGGCACUCUCUCUCAAUGGACAACGGUUUCUUGGGUCAGAAGUCCUACUGAAAUGCAUUUCACGUUCCCAGAUGAAGCAGUUGGGUGUUGAGCCACCGAUGGCGCAAGAGCCAAUGCCACGAGAGGAGCGGUAUUCUGGCAGGAGCAGGGAGGGAUCCUAUCGCUCUGUUGACAUAGAGUACCCUGACUUUAGGAUGUCUCAUGAUGCUGAUAUACCAAUGGCCAAUGUACAGACUCAAGUCCACAGAAACCAGGAUUACGAGCCUUAUGCGGUAGGCCCUCGUGCUCCACAGGACAGGGGUAAUGGUGUUCGUGGUGACUUUGGCCCCCCGUUGCAGCCUGUUGAUGGUCCCACCUGUGUGAAGUUAGUCAACUUACCGUUCCAAAUCAGGAAUGAAGAAAUCUAUGACUUUUGUUAUGGAUAUAGCAUUAUCCCUGGAUCUGUCUCACUGCAGUAUGACCGGGGUGGAAAACCUACAGGCACUGCAACUGUAGUAUUUCAGUCUCGUCCGGAGGCCUUAACAGCAGUGGAGGAACUGAGUGGAAGACCGAUUGGUCCAAGAAAAAUACAGCUCAUGUUUGUUUGAAAACAAAAUUGCUUUUCUUUGCACCAACAUGCUCCUUGCAGUGGGGUUCGGACACAUGCAAAAUGUUGAUUUAAAAAAAAAAGAAAAAAGGCAAUGUAAAAGAAGCAUGCCUUUUUCUUCCUCUUUUUGUUUGCCAUUCCAUGGGAAUAUUGUACAAAAUAUGAUUGUUGUUUUUUUCUAACCUUUUUUUUUCUGUGAUUAGGCAAAGUAGUCAAUCGAUUAAAUAUAGGUUUUGUAUACAUUGCAGUGAAAUACUUCAGAUUUGAUUUUCUCCUUAAAUAUUUAGAUUUUUAUUUCAUCAUACAACAGUGUAUAAAGGUGAAUUUCUGUUUUUUACUGUUAGUAGUUAUUUUUGGAACUGUAUUUCUUUAUAAAAAAUAGUUUUGUCAGAUUCUCAUCAGUUUUCAGAAUUGAAGAAUAAACCAAUUGUGCUUGUUUACCUGAAUCUGUAAAUAAAGUGCUUGUGUCCAUGA